AUGGCCGCAGGAGGAUUGAAGGACUUGGUGAAGAAGGGCCUGGGGUUGGCAGACAUGGAGUUCAUCACCGGCGGAGGAGCCAUCAACUGGUUCCCAGGCCAUAUGGCUGCCGCCACCUCCGCCAUCCGCGGCCGCCUUAAGCUCGCCGACCUCGUCAUUGAGGUCCGCGACGCUCGCAUUCCCUUAUCCUCCGCCAAUCAGGACCUUGAAGCCCAACUCCGCUCCAAACGCUCCCUCGUCGCCCUCAACAAGAAGGACCUCGCCAACCCCAACAUCAUGCACAGAUGGACUCGGUUCUUCGAGUCGUCCGGGAAAGACUGCCUGCCCAUUAGUGCGCAUAGCAGGAGUUCUGUCUCCAAGCUUCUUGAGCUGGUGGAGUAUAAACUGAAGGAGGUGAUUUCGAGGGAGCCCACCUUGCUUGUUAUGGUCGUUGGGGUUCCUAAUGUUGGCAAAUCUGCUCUGAUUAAUUCUAUUCAUCAGAUUGCUUCGUCUCGCUUUCCUGUGCAGGGGAAGAUGAAGCGAGCUACGGUCGGUCCAUUGCCUGGUGUUACUCAAGACAUUGCCGGAUAUAAGAUUGCUCAUCAGCCUAGCAUAUACGUUCUUGACACUCCAGGUGUAUUGGUUCCAAGUAUUCCAGACAUAGAGACUGGGUUAAAGCUAGCUCUUGCAGGAUCUGUGAAAGAUUCAGUGGUGGGGGAGGAACGUAUUGCUCAAUACUUACUUGCAGUUCUAAAUACUAGAAGGACUCCUCUUCACUGGCGCAACUCACAUAAUAGCAGAACAGAAGCCAUUCAACAUGACGCUCAGGAAAAAGUUGACUAUAGUCUUAUAAAUCUUCAACCAAGGAGGAAGAUGCCAAAUAAGUCUGGCGUCCUGUACGUUGAGGACCUAGUAACAAAAGUAGAAUGUGCUCUAUAUUCGACUCUGUCAGAAUUUGAUGGCAGUGUAGACGAUGAAGCUGACUUGGAGAUGCUUAUAGAUCAGCAGUUUGAAGCACUGCAGAAGGCAUUUAAGAUAGCUAACAAGGGGCCAGAAGCUCGGUUGAUGGUAUCAAAGAAGUUUCUUACCUUAUUUAGAACGGGGAAGUUAGGUCCUUUUAUCCUUGAUGAUGUCCCGGAUUCUAAUUUGCCUCAAUGAUAUUAUCAUAUUGAACAUGUCACCGUCUAUCAAAAUCCUUC